AUGAUUCACUCCCUUCAAACGUUGGAACAUCCCAGUCUCACUCCGGCUCUAUUGAUACAGUUGUCUACGCUGACAUUGAAAGCAAGUUUUUGUUUGCCCUUGACAGAGGUGAAGAAAGUCGAUUUUUAUGAUUUUGUUUCCAUAUCUGCUCAGUCCGAGGCAGUCCUUAAAACUCUUUGUGCCAUUGCUUAUAAAGCCGUGAAAGUCGGCGGGAUCGUAGCUGUCUCUGCAUCGGGUUUACCUCCCAACUUGAUUGCUAAAAAAGUUCGUGCAUCUGGUUUCGUCACUGAAGAGGGCGUGUCUGCUGUAGAUGGUGCAGUGCUCACCGGAACAAAACCCUCGUUCGACGGUGAAAGUGUGCCACUUAAUAUUCCUACCGCGAAAACUCUUCCUGCUGAUGACAAUGACAUCGUAGAUGAGAAUGAUCUACUUGAACCAGAAGACUUUGUCAAACCGGCAGGAGAUGAACUGAAAGGUACGAUACCAUUGUGUUGGAGA